UUUUUACAUCUCUGCUUACGUUUGGCUGGCAUAGCCUAAUUUCCGCAUUCCCAAAUCCUCCCAGAUUGGGAUCACGUUUGAAAAAAAUCGGGCUGAUGCAACGAUUUCCACUUUUUAAAAUCUACUCUCGACCCUCGGCUGACCAGAAGAGAGGACAUUUGUUGCACCUGGGAUCAAAGUCAGCUGUGGUGAAGACCGAGUCUGACACGAUGCCAGGACAAAUCCCAGAUCCCUCGGUGACAGUGGGCUCCCUGCCCAGUCUGGGACCACUGGCUGGCAUUUCAGCCACCACGCUGACUGACAAGCUUAAAUUCGGUGGCCUCCAGGAGUUUGGGACAAUGCUGUCACCCCUGCACUUCCUGGACAGUCUGGGGAAGAGACCUCUAGUCAUCAAAACAGAGAGAGAGGAAGAGGACGAUAGGAGGAAACGAAGGCGAGAGAAAAACAAAGUGGCUGCAGCUCGGUGUCGGAACAAAAAGAAAGAGAGGACAGACUAUCUUCAAAAGGAAUCGGAAAGACUAGAGAUGUUGAACUGUGACCUCAAAGCACAGAUUGAGGAGCUGAAGUUGGAGCGACAGCAGCUGAUCCUCAUGCUUAACCGCCAUCGCCCAACGUGCAUCGUCCGGACAGACAGUGUCAAAACCCCAGAGAGCGAGGUGAACCCUCUGCUGCAGCAGCUGGAGGCCGAGUGAAGGCACGAGGACUUUCUAGAGUUUUCACUUGAGAAGACGUAGAAGCAACUAGCAGCAACUAGGCUCAGGUCUUGGUCACUGAAGAGUCACCCAGUCCCUCCUGUCCUGAAACACGGAGCGCUACGCCACAAAGAGCGGACCCAGAGACACUGUUUUAGUAGUUACACGGACUAUUGUCUUUCUCUUGACUUUUCAUUUGUUUGUACUCAUGGUAAGAAGAGCUCCUGCUCACACUAUAUAACACACAUUGCAGCUUUUGGGAAAAUUAGGUUCCACACAACUACUAAAUGUUUUGUGGUGGAUUCAUACAGUUUUUGACUUGAAUAAUUAGUCAGCAAGGCUUUGCUUUAGUAUAUUUGCAUUACCUGACAUGUAGUUCCACUACAGGACAAUGGUUAUCUUUAUUUAGACCAGUUAUGUCCAUGUGACAAAAAUUACUCUGAUUAUCAUGCAUUUGUUUGACUGCAUUCAGGAAAGCCUUUAAAUUUUAACUGAACUUUUGGAGGGAGAUAGAUAGGACGGAUAGAAACAUAUAGUGAAAUAUAUAUGUGUGCGUAUAUAUAUA